AAAGCAUCUUCUCUGUCCCCGGAACCGACAUGGCUCUGCUGCUGGACUGCCCGCUUUGUCUCCUCCUGAUGACGGAGCCGGUGACCAUGUCCUGCGGUCACUCGUUCUGCCGGAGGUGCGUGGUCGGCUGCUACCUCCCGUCCAAGUGCCCGGUGUGCAGAGUGAAGCUGAGGCAGAAGGAAGUCCGGGCGACGAGGAACAACGUCCUGCUCAUCAGUGUGGUGGAGAAGUGCUGUCCCGAGGAGAGCAGGCUCAGAAGUCACGUCCAGGACAAGCUCCGAACCAGCGAGUUCACCGAGGCGCUGCGGAUCACCACCGAGGGUCUGCACACGGUCCCAGAUGACCUGGCCCUGAAGUUGUACCGUUCUGAAGCCAACUGUGGUCUGAUGAGGUUCUCAGACGCUCUGACCGACCUGGACUACCUCUGCUGCCUUCACCCAAACUGGAGCGAGGGCUUUUUCCGUAAAGGUACUGUUCUGAUAGAACUGGGUCAGCAGACUGAAGCCCUGAUUCAGUUCCACCGCUGUCUGAAACUUCACGCUGACUUUCUGCCUGCAAAGACCCAGAUCAAACAGAUCCUGGAGGCUGAGGGGGUGACGGUGCCAGAGGACGUGUCCUGUAUCCUGCAGGUGGUGUCCGAGUACCUUAAAGAACCGUGUCCAAUCACCAGCCUGAGUGGAUCACAGGGGCCCACACACACCGAGGGCCUCAAACACACACUGGGGGGAGAAACGGAGAGCAAAGGGAGGAGGGACACACGUCAGGUGAAGCGUGACUCCAGCACCGAGUGCUGCCUCAGCCUCUGCCAAGCUGUUUCCUUCUUGCCUGUUGCUGAGGAUGACGAGGAGAUGAUGAUGAGGAAGGAGGACGGACGUGACAGACGUGAAAGUCGUCACUUUACAGAGAAGUCGCUGAGCGUUCUCACUGUGUCAGACUUCGAGUGUCCGCUCUGCAUAAGGCUGUUCUUCGAACCAGUCACCACUCCCUGUGGUCACACCUUCUGUAAGAACUGCAUAGAGAGGAGUCUGGACCACAACCUCCGCUGUCCACUCUGCAAACAACCACUACAAGAGUUUCUUAAAAACAGGAAGUACAUUCCUACAGUGCUGCUGCAGGACAUCAUGAACCAACUUUUUCCCUCACAGCUGGCUGAGAGGAAACAAGUCCACGAUGCUGAAAUGGCUGAACUGUCCAACCCUAACAAGGACAUCCCUGUGUUUGUCUGCACCGUGGCCUAUCCUGGGAUUUCCUGUCCACUGCACAUCUUUGAGCCUCGGUAUCGACUAAUGAUGCGUCGCUGCAUGGAGACCGGCACCAAGAAGUUUGGCAUGUGCAGCUACGAACACGGCAAAGGGUUUGCAGACUACGGCUGUAUUCUGGAGAUCCUCAGUCUGGAGCUGCUGCCCGACGGGCGUUCUUAUGUGGACACAGUAGGGGGCAGCAGAUUCAAAGUGCUGAAGAGAGGACAGAGAGAUGGCUACCACACUGCAGAUAUAGAGUACCUGGAGGACCUGAAGGCUGAUGGUACUGAGUUGGAGCUUUUGCAGGGUCUCCAUGACAGCGUUUACCAGCAAGCUCAGGAAUGGUACCAGAGACUGGGCAGUCGGAUCCGUGAACAGAUCAACAGACAGUACGGCACCAUGCCUGAGAGGGAGGACGACAUUCAGGCCUCGUCCAAUGGUCCGGCCUGGUGCUGGUGGUUACUGUCUGUCCUACAGUUGGACCCAGCUUAUCAGACCACCGUCCUGUCCCUGACCUCACUCAAAGACCGCCUAGGACACCUGCGUCUUGUCCUGGAGUACUUCUCUCAGAGCUAGACACCGCGGCCCAGUGGACCAGUGGACCCGCUCCACCGCGGCCCAGUGGACCGGCUCCACCACAGCUGGUUGGUUGUCAAGUUACGGUCACAUGGAAGGAGAUUGAAACAUAUAUUUGUACCACAGGGACUGGGAUCUUCUCUGGACUGUAGAGGGACCGGUUUGAAACCCUCAACUCAGAGCUGACGUUUUCAAAGGCACAAAGAUCGUUUUUCAUUUGUUUAACUCAUUACAGAGGAGUUAAAUGAGUUUGGAUUUUCACAUUUUCUUCCCUGUGUGUUAAAGGCUGUGGAAUGACCGCAGGUCUGACCAAAGAUCCAAAGAGUUUUGGUCGUUUGAUAUUUUUAAAUGUAUAGUUACCGAAAACCAACACUGGGUGUCGCUAUUUUACACGAGUAAAAUACACCACCGUAUCUUAAUGGUAAAGUGAAUCAUUUUAACAGGAAUCAACACGGACUAUAUACCAAGUGAGUAAAUCGAACUAUUUUGCUAAAAUCUCUAGUUGAAGAACAAGGACAUUUAUUUUACUUUGGUUCCUUCAACUAUUUAACAGUUCUGGUCAUGGCUGACGUGGUUUGUGCCACUUUACCACUGAGGCGCCAAAUACAGUUGAAUAGUUCUAUUGUCAGACUGAGCAAAUAGUACACGUGUCAAAGUAGGAGUAUUAAAAUACUCGUUUUUAAAAAUAUAUAAAGACCUAAAAAAGACUCGGUGCCAAAGUUUGGACUUGUUUACAUGUUGACGUGAACCUUAAAACCUGAUGAACAAGUGCAUUAUUAAAUUAGACAUUUUAACUACGACUGCAUUUUUAAUACAUUUUACCCGUUUUCAUGGACUGUGUCCCUUCACGACUUCACACAUCUACGUCUUUAGACGCCCCCUAGUGGAAACUUAUUCAAAAGAUGCAUGGUUUCUAUCACCAAAUACUGCAAUAAUAAUGUUUAGCCUUAGAAGAAUCUUGGGAAUGUUUCUUUAACUGAUUCAUUUAUUAGAUAUGUCAAGUCAUGGAGUCAAUGCUCUCAGUUGAAAUUUGGAUUUGAAUCUGUUUGAUCCACAGGCCACGGCUUUGAACCUCCUCUGAAAAUAAUGGCAACAUUCAUUUUUCAGUGCCUUGACAUUUACCAGUGUCCCUGCAAUUCCUCUAGGGGGCAGGCUGUGGUCCUCACCCCAUCACCCUCUCUGUUUAUCAACAACAAAAUUGACUCUUUUUUUUAACGUUUAUCUCCUUAGAAUGUUAAAUCUGUAAUGAUGAAAUAUAUGAUACACGUGCCAUCAUGCAGUCCUGUGCAAAUGUUUUAGGCGGGUUCAUACACAUACAUGUACAUAUACUUCCAUAUACACCUCACACCUCAUUUUUGCAGCCUUUGUCUUUUUUGGGUAUUUAACACUACUUAUUUCUAGUGUGUAUUGACUUCAUACACCCGUCUAAACAUUGACACAGCACUGGAUUUCUUCAUGCUCGAUGAAAACCAAGGUUAUGUUUUUACAUGAUGUAAAUAUGACCAUCAAAGUGUCUGUGCUGGUUUUUAAUCCACCUGUUCAAACGCGCCCUCUUGUGUUUACUGUGGCUGCAGCAUUAAAGGGAGCGUCGACUGUCCACAGACCUGCCUGUCUGUAGGUCUAUGAUGACCUCACAGGGUCAGACCUCUGUCCACCUGACGGUCCUGUGUGGUUACGGCCAGUUUCCUGUUGCUGUGGUUGAACUCUAACUUUGAUUGAAAGGGAUUCAAAGUUGUGUCGAAACGUCCACGCCUCAUGAGCCUCUGUCGUCUGUCACUGUACAGAUAUUUUACUUUGGCCAGUCUUAUUUUUGCACAGUGAAUUGUUUUUUUCCAAACAUCUGUGUUUUGCUUUAAGAACUCUAAGAAUCUGCCCUUUAAAGAAUAAAUGGUGACAAAACUGAA